CCGAAUAAAUGAAAGGAAUCAGGAGAGAGGGGAAGUUAAAAUACAUAACGUGCCUUGCUUUGGUCUGCGCAAAGAAGGACGACAUAGAUUUCUCAUCCAUUCUCAUUUCCUUUACCACAAACACAAAAAUUAGAAUACCGUAAUAAAGAAAAAGAUCAAAUCUAUCAGUUUUUACAGAAUACCGUAUCAGAAUAUCACCUCUCUCUCUCUCUCUCUCUCUGAUUUGCUAUAUACAAUACAGCAAAAAAUGGCUACUCCAGGUAAGCUAAAGACCUCGAGCUCUGAAUUGGACUUGGAUCGACCCAAUAUCGAAGACUACCUUCCUUCUGGAGUCUCUAUUCAAGAACCUCGUGGCAAGCUUCGUCUGCGUGAUUUGCUUGACAUUUCGCCGACCCUAACGGAGGCUGCUGGUGCCAUUGUUGAUGACACCUUUACAAGGUGUUUCAAGUCAAAUCCUCCAGAACCAUGGAAUUGGAACAUAUAUCUAUUUCCCCUUUGGUGCUGCGGUGUGGUGUGUCGAUAUGGGAUUUUGUUUCCCAUCAGGGUUCUAGUACUGACAAUAGGGUGGAUAAUUUUCCUUUCAUGCUACAUUCCUGUGCAUUUCCUACUUAAAGGACAUGACAAGUUGAGAAAAAAGCUUGAGAGAUGUUUGGUGGAGUUAAUUUGCAGCUUCUUUGUGGCAUCAUGGACCGGAGUUGUCAAGUACCAUGGUCCACGGCCUAGCAUCCGACCUAAACAGGUUUUUGUGGCCAAUCAUACCUCCAUGAUUGAUUUUAUCAUCUUGGAACAGAUGACUGCAUUUGCUGUUAUUAUGCAGAAGCAUCCUGGAUGGGUUGGACUACUGCAAAGCACUAUAUUAGAGAGUGUCGGAUGUAUCUGGUUCAAUCGUUCAGAGGCAAAGGAUCGUGAAAUUGUAACAAAAAAGUUAAGGGAUCAUGUUCAGGGGGCUGACAAUAACCCUCUUCUCAUAUUUCCUGAAGGAACUUGUGUAAAUAAUCACUAUACUGUAAUGUUCAAGAAGGGUGCAUUCGAACUGGGAUGUACUGUUUGUCCAAUUGCAAUCAAAUACAACAAAAUUUUUGUUGAUGCUUUUUGGAACAGCCGGAAGCAGUCAUUUACAAUGCAUUUGCUGCAACUCAUGACUUCCUGGGCUGUUGUUUGUGAUGUAUGGUACUUGGAGCCACAAAAUCUGAAACCUGGAGAGACACCCAUUGAGUUUGCUGAGAGGGUCAGGGACAUAAUAUCUGUACGAGCAGGUCUCAAAAAGGUUCCUUGGGAUGGAUAUCUAAAGUAUUCUCGCCCUAGCCCAAAGCAUAGAGAGCGAAAGCAACAAAGCUUUGCUGAGUCAGUGCUGCAGCGACUGGAGGAGAAAUGAUGGUGUAUGUUUGUGCUUAGUCAUUGUUAGUUGUACUUAACCCAAGUAGGGGUCAUGGUUGUGCACGAGACAUCCUUUUUCAGAUACAGACUUCGAUCUUUAGCAACGGUCAAAGUUGUGGGCAUGAAAACAGAAGCAAAUGUUUAAGGAAAUUCAAUGUUACAACUGUAAUGUUAUAGGUUUUACUUUCACAAGUACAAUAUAAUGCUAUGAAAAAGCUUGAUUCAAUUUUGUGCAGAAAAGUUCUGGUUGCACGACUUUUUCAAGACAUGAUACACAAAAAUUCAUU